GGGAGCGCUCCUGCCCUGAAGCGGUCGGAGGGAGCGCCCCGUCUGAAAGCAGCCGCUCUGCGGAUGAGAGUCCUGCGCACGGAGGAGGGUCUGAUGUGGUCACUGUCCGGGAACUUUGUCAAGAGUGACGGGAGCUUCCUGGAUCGACAGUGGUGCUGACGGAGAGACAGGGAUGGCGGAGGGGCUGGACGCGGCGAAGGAGACCGACAGCGGUGACAUGAGCCAGCAGAGCUUCCUGGUCAACCUGUACAAGUUCAUGAAGGAGAGGGGAACCCCAAUCGAGAGGAUCCCACACCUGGGAUUCAAGCAAGUGAACCUGGCCACGCUCUACAAGGCAGUUGAGAAACUGGGUGGCUACGAAGCGGUCACGGCGAGUCGACUCUGGAAGAAUAUCUACGACGAGCUGGGGGGGAACCCCGGGAGCACCAGCGCAGCCACCUGUACCCGCCGGCACUACGAGAAACUGGUGUUGCCUUACGAGCGUCACCUAAAGGGGGAAGAGGACAAACCUUUGCCGGCGAGCAAGCCUCGGAAGCAGUACCGGGUGGUCAAAGCCAAGGACGGGAAGGGCUCGGGUGCCGAACUGAAGGAUCAGGGCAGUAAACGGAAACCGCCGAAGGAUGGUGCACAGCGAAUCGGCAGGAGCAAUGCGGUCUCCCCCUCAGCAGAAGCCGAAGAUACGGGGAGGGGGCAGAGCGAGAGAGCGCUGCGGGCGGCCCCUCCGGCCACCGCUGAAGAGCGCGAAUGCCCGCGCGUCGAAUCGGCAACGUCGGCGGAGAAAGGCGGCGGCAGGUCGCCUUGGGGAGCGGGCGGAGGGGCAGAGGAAGAGACGGCGGCGGCGGGCCAGGGUCCCCUCGUCUCCAGGAGGGAGCAAGACAUUAUCUCUCCCCUGGCUAAGAAGAAGCGGUUCGCGGCGGCCGAGCUCCCCCUGGCCAGACCGUCGGUCAUCCAGCCACCCCGCCCGGCGGCCCCCGUCGCCCCGCUGCCGCUGUACCCGGCGCGGGACGAGAAGGGUUCGCGGGGCUGCGAAGUGCCGCAGACUGGAAUCCAGCACGUAGUGAGGCCCCUUCUGCAACCCUUCCCCACCAGGGCGAGCCCCGUGCCCCGCUGCCGCGGCUUCAGGGACCUCAGCGCCUUCGUUCUCCCGCUCGACAAGGGGUCGCGGCGCCUGGGCCGGACAGGGGAUCGUACUGCCGAGCUCGCCUUGCCCCGAGUGGCUCCCUGGGUGUCUGAGUCCAAGGGCGAGGCUCCGGCACUGAGGGUGGGCCCGCUGCCCGCUCCCUCCCUGGAAACCCACCAGCCGAAGGCGUGCUGGGUGCCGCCCCUCAGUGUGGCCCUGCCCAGGAAGGUGCCGGCUAAGCGAGCCAAGGUGGACGGGGGGCUUCUUCAGCCGCGACCGGGACUGGGACCGGAGCUCAGGACGAAGGACUGCGAGACUUCUCUCUACGGCAGGAAGCUCCGCAUAGUCUCGCCCCUCCACUUGGCCAGGGAGCCCGAGGCCAAGGACAGGCAGGCUGGGGAGGGCAAGGCCCUGAAAUCCCCCCUGCCUGCCGUCCCAGGUUGGCUGCUGGCGGCCCCCAGUGUCCCGGACGCCGUCGUUACCGACGGCCUGAGGGCGCGCUUCCCCGCUGGCUACGUGCUCCCAGUCAAGGAGCACGCUCUCUACUCGUCCCUCCCCACCUCACUGGCCCUCAAUCCCUUCGUGGUACCCACCGUGCCCGGGGAAGGGCUCGGGGUUCCCGGGCUUCCCCUGGACCUGUACAAACACCUAGCCGCCGGUUCCUCCUGCGACAGCCUGCUCCAUAACAGACUGUGCCCGCUGGCUGCCUGCUACACCAGCCCGUACCUCCCCGCCUGGCAGGGGCGGCCCCAGCUAUAGCCCGGACCCCGGCCCCUUUGCAAUUGGCCGAAUGCAGCCACGGCGUGGAGCCGGAGCUCUCAGAACCUCGGUAGUGAGCCGGGACCCACCUUCUCGCUUGACCACAGGUCUCGUUUGGCCAGUGAUCCUGCGUGCAGCUAAAGGGAACAGGUGCCCAAACAGGAGCGGCCCGGCGUGUAAAUAGACCGUGAGAACACCGGGACUGAAUCACUGGACACGAGUCGUCCGUCCCCCAAGGGUAGAGGAGAUGCCUCUGCCGAGCUCAGUGCUCCUGCGGCUUCUGAAUCGCCAGUGGAAGUGUUGACCUCAGGUGGACUUUUGGACUGGUCUGGGGGGAAAACAACCCGGGUGCUGGGAUCCAACUGGCAUUCGAGGGGACGUGAUGUCCGUGUAGGCACAGGCAAGGAGAGCGAGCGAUCAGAACCAAGUUCAUUAUCACGGAUACACUGUACGUCGUGGAAUUUGUAGUUUUACGGCUGCAGUACAUAAAGUUA